AUGUCUGCAUCUAUGAAAAAUGCCAUUAAAAGAAGAAACCGGGAAAUCCAUAAUAAUCCACGGCAGAGCAGGCUUCAAUCACGAAUGGUCCACACUAGAGCCUUUCCCUCCUCCCUUUUUUCCCCAAUUCAAAAAUCCACCUCCACCGAUCCACCAUUCCACCUCCGGUCCUCCACGGCUCCACCCAAUUCAAAAAUCCACCUCCAUAGCUCCACCUCCGCUCUAACGGUGGUUCUACGUCUUCUACCUUUGAAUUUCAAAGCUCAUCAGAUGGUAAUGUUCAGUGCUACAUGGCCUGCAACAGUUCAUCGGUUAGCUCAGGAGUACAUGGACCCUAAUCUUGUUAAGGUUGUGAUUGGCUCAGAAGAUUUAGCUGCCAACCAUGAUGUUAUGCAGAUAGUUGAGGACUGAUUUUAUCAUCUAGAAUUGCUUGAUGGCUCAAGUUGUUUGAGUUUAAAAGUUUAAAAUCAAUUGUGGAUACUCAAU